GGUCUUUCAAAGGAAGAAGCCAUAUCCACUGAAGUCCAAGACACAACGGCUGUCUACAAAAUUCUCUCUCUGUUUCUGUCUCUCCGGUUUUCUUUCUGUAGGAUUUUACACAUUGGUGGUUCAAAUGUCGGAGAAGGGAGGCAAAGGGUUUUCAUUGCCCACCAAAACAGCACCCAAAUCUUCUCUCAAAUCUACCCCUGCUUCUGCUACUGCUAGACAUGGAAAAGAUGAAAAUUCAGCAAAACCAAGGAGAGGAAGGAAAGUUCAGUUUGGAACCGAAGGUUCACAUGAUCUUAAAUUUAAUUUCUCAUCACCAAAAUCCGAUGGCAAGUUUGCAACCCCUAUUGGUGACUGGGCCAAGGGAGGAAAAGGAGGCAAGGUAGCCAAUGGGGGAAAGACUCCUGUGGCAAAAGAAGCACAGUCAUUGGAGCUCAGAGUUGAACAGGAUUCAUAUCUGAAGCUUUUGCUUAGAUUGGAAAGGUCCUUGCCAUUAUUUGCAGAACUUCCAAAAAAUGUUAAGUGCCUUAUGGAUUGUGAGGCUGCAAUUAUCUUAGAAGGCAUUCAGGAACAAAUGGUUAUACUCUCUGAAGAUUCAACUAUUAAGCUCCCUGAAUCAUUUGAUUUGGGACUGCAUUAUGCCAAGACUGGUUGCUAUUAUACUAAUCCCCAGUCUGUUAGACGAGUUCUUGAGGCUCUUUCAAAAUAUGAUGUCUCUUACAGUGAGAUUUGUGUGAUUGCAAAUACUUGUCCAGAAACUGUUGAUGAAGUUUUUGCACUUGUCCAAUCCUUGGAGGCUAAGAGAAGGGGGCUCAGUGAACCACUUAAAGAUGUACUGGAUGAGCUAGCUAAACUUAAAAAAUCCACCUGAUGCCAUGCGCGGAAGCUGUGGGGAAGCCUUAUUUGAAAGGAAUUGCCUCUUCCUGUUGUUGAUGGUUGUAGCCUCCAUUUUCAUGACCAGGGAUUAGCUGGACCUCGUGCAGGAUAUUAGUGCAGGAUAUUAUAACUAUCGGUUCUUAUCAUGUGAAUUUGUGGUUGAAUAAAGAUAUUGUUAUCUGUUGCAGCAUUAUUUUAUGGUGUGUGUUCGUUGCAUGACCGGUAUGUUAAUAUUUUGAGAACUGAACCUCUCAGCAAUCCUUUGAUAUGGAAACACUAGUUGGAUGGUCUGCU